UGAUCCCAUAAAAAGGACUGGGGCCAGGUCCUAGACACCAUAGCAAGUCCUAAGACUGCACAACAGGACAGAAGGCACGAUGGCACUGAGCACUCAGACCCAGGCUGCCUGUCUCCUGCUUCUCCUCCUCGCCAGCCUGUGCAGCAGUACCCUUCUCCAGCAACAGAUGAACCAGCCUGCAGCACUACAGCCUUGGCACAGGGCAGAAUCCAGGGUCUACAGGACGCUCCUGACCCAGAGUCGAAGGAAGCGGGACUCAAACAUCUCUGUCUGUCUUUUUUGCUGUAAGUGCUGUAACACUGGCUCCUGUGGCUUCUGUUGCAAAACAUAGAGCCAUCUGACAGACGCCUCCCUCAGCCCCAUUUAUUUAUUCCUGUCGUCCUUCAAGAAUGAGCUUGAGGCCGGGCGCCGUGGCGCACUCCUUUAAUCCCAGCACUCGGGAGGCAGAGGCAGGCGG